AUGCCUUCCAUCAUUGAACUUGGUGCUCCUGACCGUAAGAAUGGCCAUCUGACUGCCACUGGCGACUCAAACGCGCUUUUGUCUCUCCUCAAGGACCAAAUCAGUGAUUUCCCCCCAUGCAAGCAGUACAACAUCGCCAUCAGCGAAGUCCCUGUGACCGUCGAGCGUCUGCCUUACUAUCCAAAGGAAGGAGAUCGUCUGCAAGACCCUGGAACUGCCAGAGCCAAUAUAGCUGCCUCCAAUGAGAGCCCAAACGGAACGUUGCAGGACGACUGGGCUGAGAAGCACAAACAUCAGACUGUCGUACAACAGCACGUCGUUUACUGGGACAAGGACCAAGACGGCAUCAUCUGGCCUCUGGACACCUACAGAGGCUGCCGUGCCUGGGGCUGGAACCCACUUCUCUGUUUGAUCGCUACCUUUCUCAUCAACGUCAACCUCUCCUAUCCUACUUUGCCCUCCUGGAUUCCCGACCCAUUCUUCCGCAUCCAUAUCUCGAACCUACACAAAGAUAAGCACGGCAGUGACUCGAUGACUUAUGACAACGAAGGCAGAUUCAGACCUCAGAACUUCGAAGAUAUCUUCUCAAAGUACGAUCGCGGUAACAAAGGCGGCCUUGACGUUUAUGAUCUUGUUAGACUCCACAAAGGCAAUAGAAUGGCGCUCGAUAUUUUUGGCAUGUCGGCUUCUUUCCUGGAGUGGUUGGCCACGUAUCUCUUGCUCUGGCCAGAAGAUGGUAUCAUGCGCAAGGACGAUGUUCGCAGAAUCUACGACGGCAGCAUCUUCCAAUUCAAGGCCGACGAGUAUGCUGAGAAGAAGAGACAUCACGGCCGGACCAACAGGAACAUUGAGAGCAGAAAGAAGCUGGCUUAG